CUUUUUUGUGGUUUAACCCGAUUUCUAGAUCGUAGACGGAUACAAAGCAGUACAAGUCCUCCACUUACGACCACAACCGAGCCCAAAAUUUAUGCGGCUGAGCGAGACAUUCGUUAAGUGAGUUCUGCCCCCAUUUUACGACCUUCCCACGGUUGUUAAGCGAGUCACUGCAGUUGUUCGAAGUUAAUUAACCUGGUUGUUAGGUGGCAUCCACUUGUCGGAAGUUUGCAAAGGGGAAUCAUGUGAUCCCAGGACAGUAGUGGAAUUCAGCCGGUUCUCUCCGGAUCGUGCGAACCGGUAGCGGCGACUGCAGGAGGCUCCCCCACCCCUGCCCAGACAGAAUGCACGACUACUGCGCAUGCGCAGAAGGUCGUGCCCAUGUGCAGAGGUGGGGCGUGCGAGCGAACAUUUGCGAACUGGUAGGGAAGGUCACUGAAUCCCACCUCUGCCCCAGGACACUGCAACCGUCAUAAAUAUGAGUCCGUUGCUAAGUGUCUGAAUUUGGAUCACGUGAAGGUAGGGAUGCCGCAACGGUCAUUAAGUGUGAAAAGCUAUCGUCGACCAUUCGUGAAUGGUCACGAAACGAACCGGUUGGCCAAGCGUCUGGAUUUUGAUAGCCUGUGACGGUCGUUAAGUGUGAGAAACCGGUCGUAAGCCCGUGUUUUGUUUUGCUUUUCCCCAGUGCGGUUGCAACUUCGAACCGUUGCGACACAAAUGGUCGUAAGUCGAGAACGACCUGUCUUCCGGAAGGAGAAAGCCGAGAAGGGGAACACAGGGAAAAACGAUAUUCAAAAAGCAGAAUUUCCUUUUCCAACAUUGGAAUUCGCACAACCCGGUCUCUUUUUUUUAGAUAUAUUAUAUUAAAAUCCGUUUCUUGGUAACUUGAGCAUGUCCCAGUAAAAUAGCAAGCAUAACUCCUUCCCCUGUCAAGGAUGCCUUGGGAGGUUUGUAAAUAGCGCUGGAUUUGCAAAAUAUGCAAGAUUUUACUCAAAGCCUCUGGCGCUAAAAAAAAUGCUCUUGUGUGUCACCAGGUUUUUUUUUUUUGGUUUUUUUCCGAGGCAGCGCAGCAGGGAGGAAGUUGCAAGGGGGGUGGGGUGCAAAGAAGACGCCCUUAAUUGGGGAAAGACCUGCAGGGAGAGGCGGGCUAGAACAAAAGGCCAGCGGUGGUGGUUCCCCGGGGACGUGUUUUCGAAUCCAGCUGGGGAGAUCUGGAAAAAACUUCAGGGGGGAAGACCGAAGCGGGGAAGGACCACCAUGGCUGGCAUAAAAACAGCGAGCGGAGAGUAUAUUGAUGACUCCUGGGAGCUCAGGGUCUUCGUGGAGGACCUGGGACCUGAGGCGGAGCCCAUCACACUCCGAGUCUCCGGGAGCCUGCAUAUAGGAGGCAUCAUGUUACAGAUUGCAGACAAAUUGAAACUUCAGAAGGACUGGUCAGAUCACGCCUUGUGGUGGGAGCAGAAGAAACUUUGGCUCUUGAAGACGAACUGGAGCCUGGAUAAAUACGGAAUCCUGGCCGACGCCAAACUCCACUUUACUCCGCAGCAUAAACCGGUGCUGCUUUUCCUGCCCAACCGUAGCAGCGUCCGGGUCCGAGCCAAUUUCGCCCAGCCCGUCUUCCGCACCGUUUGUGAUCUUUGCAGGCUACUCGCCAUCCGUCACCCGGAAGAGUUGUCCUUGCUGCGGGCGCCCGAAGAGAAGGACAAACGGAAGCAGAAGGAGAAAGAGGAGACCACGGCUCGGAGUUAUGACCUCACCAGCGUCCGGCUGCCAGCAAGCGCAGAGCAACAGACUUUCCGUGGGAUGCCUGCUCAUUUUUCAGAUAGCGCCGAAACCGAGGACUGCUAUCGGAUGCUGUCGGUCAGCCAGACGAACCUGACCCCCGAGCAGAUUGUCCGAAUGCACCGACCGGGAUCCCUUGUGGAAAAGACCAAGAUCAACAGCAGAUGGCUGGAUUCGUCUCGCACUUUGCUACAACAAGAAGUAAAAGAACAGGAGUGUUUAUGGCUGCGCUUCAAGUAUUACAGCUUUUUCGAUCUGGAACCAAAGUACGACGUCGUCCGGAUCAACCAGAUGUACGAACAAGCCCGCUGGUCGGUGCUGCUGGAAGAGACUGAUUGCACGGAGGAAGAGAUGAUCGUCUUCGCUGCCUUACAAUAUCGCAUCAACCAGCUGUCCUUGAACGCCGCUCCUGUGGAGCAGUCCAGCGAAUCCGGCCUGGAUGACUUAGACAAAGCUUUGGCUAACUUGGAGGUCAAAUUGGAAGGGUCAACCCCAACUCCGAAUGUUUUGGACAGUCUGACAGCCAUCCCAGAAUUGAAGGAUCACCUUCGAAUCUUCAGGCCCCGCAAACUGACCCUGAAAGGUUAUAAGCAGUAUUGGGUGACUUUCAAAGAAACGACCAUCUCGUAUUUCAAGAGCCCAGAAGACACGUUGGGAGAACCUGUCCAACAGCUCAACCUGAAAGGCUGUGAAGUAGUGCCAGAUGUCAACAUCUCUGGCCAGAAAUUCUGCAUUAAGUUGCUGGUCCCUUCUCCUGAUGGAAUGAGCGAGAUACAUCUGAGAUGUUCAGACGAGCAGCAAUACGCCAGUUGGAUGGCCGGCUGCCGUUUGGCAGCGAAAGGGAAGACCAUGGCAGACGCGUCCUACCAAGCCGAGAAGGAGAACAUUCUCUCCUUCCUGAAGUUGCAGAAGACCAACCCGGAAAUGUCCCUCACGGCAGAGACGGAAGGGACCCAAUGGCUGGUGUCUCCUCGCUACCAGAAGAAGUUCAAACCUAAGCAGUUAACUCCCCGCAUCCUUGAGGCCUAUCAGAAUGUCUCUCAGCACUCCCUGGUUGAAGCCAAGAUGAAAUUCAUCCAAGCCUGGCAGUCCCUCCCUGACUUCGGCAUUUCGUACUUCGUGGUCAGGUUCAAAGGCAGCAGGAAAGACGAAAUCUUGGGGAUCGCCAACAACCGCCUGAUCCGGAUUGACCUUGCCGUCGGGGAUGUGGUAAAGACGUGGCGGUACAGCAACAUGCGUCAGUGGAACGUCAACUGGGACAUUCGCCAGGUGGCCAUUGAAUUCGACGAGCACAUCAACGUGGCCUUCAGCUGCAUCUCCGCGGGCUGCAAGACGGUCCACGAAUACAUCGGGGGUUACAUCUUCCUGUCCACUCGGACAGCUGACCGAAGCCAGACGCUGAAUGAAGAGCUCUUCCACAAGUUGACAGGGGGCCAUGAAGCCCUCUGAUGUUUCUCCUACCAAGUGUUCUGAUCUAGGCUUCCCC